UCACAUUGACCAGUUUGUUUGUGUUUUUCUGGAAUUUUGUAAAAUUUUACAAAAAUAUCCUUGUAAUUACGAUGUCCAACGACAAACGCACAGUUUAUGUGGGUGGGCUGGCCGAUGAGGUGACUGAGAGACUGCUGAACAAUGCUUUUAUUCCCUUCGGUGACGUUUCCGACAUACAAAUGCCAGUGGACUAUGAGUCGCAGCGACACCGGGGCUUUGCCUUCAUCGAAUAUGAACAGGCAGAGGAUGCCGCCUCGGCCAUCGACAACAUGAACGACUCCGAGCUCUGCGGCCGAACCAUUCGAGUCAAUUUGGCCAAGCCGGUGCGUGUGAAGGAGGACAGCUUCAAGCCGGUCUGGGCGGAUGAUGACUGGCUGCAGAAGCACGCUGGCGCGACACUAGAACCCGCAGAAGCAGGCGAAACAGGAAAGGAACAGGAACAGGUGGAGACGCCAUCAACUGGACCAGCGGUCAUUGAAAAGGCUGAGAAGCGCAACCCACAAGUAUUCUUCGACAUACGCAUCGGAGGCAAUGAUGCUGGCCGUGUUGUGAUGCUGCUGAGAGCCGACGUGGUGCCCAAGACCGCAGAGAACUUCCGCCAGCUGUGCACACACGAGCAGGGCUAUGGCUACAAAGGUUCCACCUUCCAUCGCGUGAUUCCAGAAUUUAUGUGCCAAGGAGGAGACUUUACGAACAACAAUGGAACGGGCGGCAAGUCCAUUUAUGGCAAAAAGUUCAACGACGAGAACUUUAAUCUGAAGCACAACAGCUUCGGCACCCUCUCCAUGGCCAAUUCGGGAACCAACACAAACGGCUCACAGUUCUUCAUAUGCACCACAAAAACGGAUUGGCUGGAUAACAAGCAUGUGGUGUUUGGGCAUGUCAUCAGCGGUGCCGAUGUGGUGCGCAAAAUGGAACGAUGUGGCUCAAAAACGGGUACUCCGACGCAAAAGAUCAUCAUCUAUGCCUGCGGAGAGUUGAAGUGAAAAAGAACUCCAAUAAAGAAACUAUUUUUUGUAUAUA